UUAGGCUACUGUGUGUGUGUGUGUAGCAGCUAUUCCUUAAUCUCUGAUCUUCUUGAUAAACCCUCGGGCAGGCUCGAGGUAAUCUACGGUAAUUGAACUAACGACAGUGUCCUAGUUGAACAACUUUACGGUUAUUGUUUUUCCAGCCCCGGGGACUGUAGGGUUAGUGUUAGACUGUAUGCUGCUAUUUCGGAUUGAUUGACAUCUCUCCUCCUUUUGAGUAGCCAACGUGUAUAUUUCUUUCUUUUUACUUUGUGGUUUGGAUACUUUUGUCUGUGUUCAGCACAGUCACACCAGUGCGCAUCAUCAUGGUGAAAGGAGAGUUUUGGGCCGCGGAUGUCUGUGAUCGUUCCUUCGGACUGAAACGCCUGUCCUACCUGGGAUAGGUAGCUUAACCUAACCUGGUUCCCGGUUUGAGGAACUUUACAUUUUCAUCGGACUCUAGAUUUUUCACACGGACAUUCUAUAGAAUGGAGUGGGAGCUGAGACCACGGCUUUGUUUCCUAACGAAAGGGCCGCGCGGCUACGGCUUUCACCUUCACGGUGAGCGGAAUAAAGGCGGACAGUUCAUACGGAAAGUGGAACCCGGUUCGUCCGCGGAGCUUUCGGGGCUGCGCGCGGGGGACCGGGUCGUGGAAGUGAACGGGGGAAACGUGGAGGACGAGACGCACCAUCAAGUAGUGUAUCGUAUCAGAGCAGUGGAGCAUCGUACCAGGUUGCUGGUCGUCGACAAAGAGACAGAUGAUUACCUGCGUGGUCACGGGCUGGCCUGCACAGAGGACCUCGCCGUUGAGAUGGGCAAUCUCUCUCCCCGGCCCUCCCCCUUCACCUCCCCCUCAGCCUCCCCUGUAGCCCAGGGGGAAGUCCUCUCACCCUCACCCUCACCCAUACACAUCCUCACUAAAGCACUCAGACACACCUCUGCCUCACCUAGAAGGAUGGAUACACGAUCGCCGACGUCAAGCCUGAUGAUUGGCACCAAGAAAAGGUUGCCAUCGGAGACAGAGUCGUUAGAUACAGAGUUUCCCAUGGCGACGGUGGAGCUCCUCCCCCGGCUGUGUCACAUGGUGAAGGGGGAGCUGGGAUACGGGUUCAACCUGCACAGUGACAGAACACGGCGAGGACAGUUCAUACGCAGCGUGGACCCCGGGUCCCCCGCCCAACACGCAGACCUCAGACCCCAGGACAGGCUGGUGGAGGUGAAUGGAGUGAACAUCGAGGCGUUGAGACACUCAGAGGUGGUGUCGUUUAUACGUGGCGGGGGGGACGAGACAUGCCUCCUGGUGGUCGACGCGGAAACAGACGAGCUGUUCAAGAGGCUCGGGGUCACGCCCACCAGCACACAUGUCAAAGAGGUCUAUGUGGACGAGCCAAUGACAGACAGCGCCCCACCCACCCCCUCUUCAACCACUGACCUCCCUCCAAUGGAUCCACCAAUCAUCAACGUCACCCUGAUGGGCUCGCCAAUCACAAACGGCUCGCCCAAUUCACAGACCAAUGGGAGCUCAGCAUCCCAGUACUCACGUGGCUCGACUACCCAAUCAGAAUUCAGCAGCUCAGAUAUGAGCAUUCAGGUCCCUGAGGAUUAUGAGCGCCGUGUUUCGGACCCGUUCCUGGACAGCGGACUGCAUCUGAGCCCCACGGCAGCCGAGGCCAAAGAGAGGGCCCAACACGGCAAGAAGAGAGCGCCCCCUAUGGACUGGAGCAAGAAACAGGAGAUCUUCAGCAACUUCUGAGAACCACACAGAACCUUCACAACAAUGUUCUUAAGUCCUUCAAGGUUGGUAAAGGUCUGUCACAAGGACACACCAUAACCAGUGUUGGCUGUGCGCAGUAGAUCAUCAGCCCGGAAACUAUUUCAUCAUGGGAAAUGAAUAGAAAAUGGCUGCCAAUGUUCUGUGGUGAGAGGCGAUAGGACUACCGCCCGCUGCGCACGGCUGACAUUCGUUAUGGUGUGUCAUGUGACAGAGCUUCACCAGCCAAUCAAGAUAAAAGGCUGCAGUGGCUCCUAAACAAUUCUGAGAAAAACACAGAAAGCCUCUGUCCCCAGCAGGAUUUGAACCCUGGUCUCCCACAGGACAAACCAACAUCUUAACUAUUAGACAAAGAGGAAAUUCCCUAUGGGCUGAGGGCCAACACUUAUUGUGAAGUCACAAGCGGGGCUACCGCAUCACGUGACCAUGAGCAACCAUGACCGUCUCAUGUCUGCUACACCUCCACAUGCCCCUACUAUGGAUUAUCACAGUACCUUAGGAUGAGGAUAAAUCAUGUUGAUUCAUUUAGCCAGGAUAAUUGACUCAGUUACAAUUGGCACUUGUUUCCAUGGCUCCUAAAUAUUUCUCGGAGCAGUGACUUUCCUGAAAGUUUUUUUUUCCUCCUACAGCAACUUGUAAGAAACGUUCACUGGCCCAACCACCACAAACCCCACCUCUUUACCCUCCACAGAAAACAGGGUUGAAUGUUUCCCAAAAGACUGAGAUAUGGGCCCGUAUCCACAAAGUGUCUCAAAGUAGGAGUUCUGAUCUAGGAUCAGUUUGACUUUUUUAUGUCAUAAUGAAUACAAUGAAAUGUAUAGGGAAGGAUCUGAUCCUAGUUUUAUUAGAUAUCACUGACUGAGGUAAGAACGUCAGGGCACCACAACAUGUGUGACCCCUGUGGCCAAGUCUUCCUCUCACAGAUUGGACUUCACGAGUCUUCCUCUCACAGAUUGGACUUCACGGUCACAGCAGAUGCUGCGCUAAGCCCUAACUCGAAGACACAAUAAAUCUACGGUCUCACGAGACUGCGAUGCCGACCACUAUUGUCCAGAGUUCAAGACUGAACUCUUUUCAGAUCAUAUUGAACCCUUUUUUGGUUCCACAUAGAACCUCUUGUUCCAAAUAGAACUCUUCAAAGGCUGCUAUUUGGAACCUAAAGGGGUUUCGUCUGACCUGACUUGGUUCUAUCUGGAACCUUUUCCAGAGGGUUCUACAGGGACAAAUUGUUCUACAUACAGUGGGGUGAAAAAGUAUUUGAUCCCCUGCUGAUUUUGUACGUUUGC